AUGAGUACGGCCGGUUUCUCGAAGUUGGUCUCUAUGAUCCAUUCUUUGGGAUUUCAGAACGAGCGAGCGAAAAAAUGCAUCGAUCUUGUUAAGACAUGGCUGGCUCGUCCACCGACGAAGGGCAGUCGAUACCGCAGACUGCAUUACCCAUGCAAGAUGGAUGGGAAAGACGUCGGCCGCGAAGAAUGCAUCGGGGACGACGACACACGUGUAGCAUGGGAGAUUGCACAUCUGCCUGGUGUGGGCCCGUACUCGUUGGAUAGCUGGCGCAUCUUCUGCCGAGAUGAGCUGCGGGGACUAGCGAAGGACUGGAAAGGCAAUGGGGCGGCAUCAGCAGAUUUUGUCCCGGAAUGGAAAUCAGUCUUACCGCAGGACAAGGAGCUACGGGCAUAUUUGACGUGGAUGUGGCUCAAGGAAGGCUGGAUUUGGGAUCGGCACACAGGCGAGCGCAAACGAGCCAGCGAGAAGAUGAUGCGAGCUGCACGCCGUGGAGGUGUGGCUCAGGAACAGGACGGCAAUUUUGUGUUGGAGACAUCGCCAGUGAAGAAGGUCGCGAAUGGUCUGACAGCCGGGAGUUGA